UGGAGGCCAGUUCCGGAUCAGUCGGGAGUCGAAAUGUCGUCGAGCUACACGCGCCUAUUCCGCGUCCUUUUCGUGAUCAUCUUCCUGAAGUUGCUCUUUCUUUUGGCCCUAUAUCUGCACAGUUACGAUGGUGUUACUCGAUUCCGGAAGCACCAGCAAGUGGAUAUAUUUGAUGAGCUGCUGGUAGAUCGAAGGGAGAUGCCCUCUUUGGAAAAGCGUUUGGAGUGGAUUCGCGAGGAGAUGCCCUCGUUUCCGCUGGAAGAGCUCCUGGCCAGGGAAAAACGGGCUCUGCCCCCGGUGUCCUGUGGACCUGCCCCCGAUCUGAUGAACAUUGACUUCCACAACACCUAUUGGCAGAGGGCCAUUAACGGCAACCUCACAUACUACCUAUUUGCAGCCUACUACGAUGAAAGAGAGACGGUGCCAGAGGCGCCACUGGUUCGUCUUUUGACCAUGGUGAACCAGCACGAUGACAAAUCCUUUAAGUACCCCGAAAUCUUCUGCCAAUUUUGGUUUGAGGGCAGGGCUAAGCCGGUUAUUGUUCCCGUUUCUGAGCACAGGGUGAUGUGGCCCUUUUAUCAUGCCCCCCGACGUUACUACCCAACGUUCUUGAGCUGUCCUCUGCCGGAGGAAGAGCUUCAGCGGGAGGUGCCCAAGAUGGUUUCCCUGGUGGCCAAGAAAUGCGAUAUGGCAAGGAAUCUCCUGAGGGUGGUGUACGAAGUUGACGAACCUGAAAGUACGGGAGGGCCCCUGGGGAACACUACCACCUCCUCCUCUUCGUCGGCGUCAUCCAGUGAUCCCAAAUUUGUGGUAUGUGUAAAGGCCAUGGAUUUUCCGUAUGAAGAUAAAUCCUGGCGUUUGAUCGAGUGGUUGGAACUGAUGCGCUUGUUGGGCGCCCAGAAAGUGGUACUCUAUGAUGCCCAGAUGCAUGCGAAUAUGACGAGGGUGGUCAAGGACUAUCUGAUCACUAGUCCCGGCUUUGUGGAGCUGCGUAAAAUGUCCCUGGGCAGAGGUGAACCGCAUGUUCCACCGCACUUCCAUCACUACGCAAUGAUGGCGGAUGGUUUCAAUCGGAUCCUGAACGAGAUGAUACCGUACAACGACUGCUUCUACCGCAACAUGUACAAGUACGACUAUGUGGGUGUGUUCGAUAUCGACGAGGUGAUAAUGCCCCUCGGAAAUUGCACCACCUGGCCGGAGUUGGUCAAGCUGGCCCGUAUUGUCCCGGACUACGAGAGUCGCACGCCGGCUGACUGCACGGAAUGGGUGAGCUUCUGUUUCCGCAAUGUCUACUAUCCGAGGUAUCCGGAGCGCCCGAAGGUCUACAGAAAUCUCUCCAGCUCCUUCUAUAUGCUGCAGCAUGUGGAGCGGGUGAGGGAACAUUGCAAUCGCGGGGCGGCAGCCAAGUGUCUGCACGACACCCGAUUUGCCAUCGGACUGCACAACCACUUCACCUUCUUCCACACCGAGGAGGCCGCCUGUGCUGCCAAGUCGGUGCCCAUCGAGUUUGCCCAAAUGCAGCACUACCGGGAACCGGAUACCAAGUCCUUGCUGAUCGAUCCCAUUGUGGACGCCAGUAUCUGGAGAUUCCAGCCCCAGCUGCAGGCUAGGGUGGAGGAGCGAUACCGAAGGUUGGGUUUCCUUCCCAGCGAUCAGCAACUGGCGGACACUCUCGAGAAGCGUCGCAGGCGGGAUGAACAGCAAUUGAAGGAGGCAGUGGGUAGAGCAUAAGGUUUCAAUCGUGUGAUCUUACUUAGAAUAUGUCCUAUAGAUAGCCUGGCAGAUGGCAAAUGUACUAUCGUUUUCGAUAGCUAAAUUUUACUUACUCUUACAAAUGCAGAUGCAGCUGGAAUGUAUGACUAAGAAUCCUUGAUUCUUCGUAUCUAUAUCCCCAAUUCCUUUUUUGCCAACAAGAAAACCUUACGUAUUACCAUCUGCUGGGAUUUAUUUUUUUUCUUUUGUUAUACCUAUAUAAUGUAAAUAUUUGUCAAAGAAAUACAAAGCUAAUUUUUUGCUUCUUUAGAGAAAUGUUAAAUAUUGGAAAUGUAAACAAAAAUGUUAGAUAGCAAAUAAUAUAAUAUGCCUAUGUGCUUAAACGAAAGUUUUUAUAUUGAUAAGCGUAUUUCCAAACUUAUGAAUCAUUCAGCUGCGCACACAAAAUAAACGUUAAGGAAGUUUUCGACCGUAUGUGGCAUGAUGGCUUACUUCACAAGUGGAAGUCCCUAUUCCCACAAAGUGUUGCUGUUUAAAUCAAUUGUGGUGCCCUCGAUGACUUAUUGCAUCCAAUUAUGGGGCAUGGCUUUAGACUCGAACGUCAUGAAAGUUCAAAGUGUCCAAAACCGGGCGCUGCUUAUGAUUGCAGAUGCGCCGUCUGGAACGACGCCCUAGCAAAUGACCUCCACAUUCCCUCUGUCAGGAAGCAGAUUAACCGGAUUAAUCGGUACAACGAACGGGUCCACAGGUCACACCACCUAGCACCAACGAUUAAAAGAAGACUGAAACGAAGGCGCCCCAGCGAUCUCUGGACAAGGGGACGUCAUGUUUCUCCAGUACUAAAGCAGUAAUUUGUUUUUUAUUUUUGUUCAACUGUUAUACAAAUUGUUAACCACGUCUAUUCAUA